AUGGUGAUAGAAAUGCUUAAUAUCAAACUCAAAUUUUGCAAAAGCGUAUUUAGUGAAUUUUAAUGGAAUAGGGGAGAAAAGAAGAGGCUUUUAAGCAAUAUGAAAUAGCUAUAAACAUAGAUUCUAAAUGUUCAAAUGCCUACAAUAAAAAGGUGAAUUAAUUUAAUUAAUAUUAGGCAUUUAUAAGAUGACAUUGAUGAAAAAGAAAGAGCUUUAACUGAUUUUAAUCUAGCCAUCUAAAUUAAUCUUGAAUGGGCAAAUCUCUACAUUAACACAGGUGAAUAAAUUUUGCUAAGAUAAGGCAAUGUAAUUAGUAAUAAAUAAAAAAGCCUUAGCUGAUUAUAAUAAGACGAUCUAAAUUAAUUCUAAAUAUGCAAAUACCUAUAGAGUCAGAGGUAAAUUAAUUUAAUUAAUAUUAGCCAUUUAUUGUAUAUUCUGACAUUGGUGAUAAAGAGAAAAUUGUGCUGAUUAUAAUAAAUCCAUCUAAAUUAAUCCUGAAUGCACGAAUGUCUAAAAACAGAAGUGAAUUAUUUAAAUAAAUAUUAGGCAAUAUAUACAAAGAAAAUGGAGAAUAGAAAAAAACAAUCUGA